AUGCACAUCCUAGAUCGGAAUGGCAAAACUGAAGCUGUUAUCAAAAACUUCAGUCCCUACUACAGUCGGCAGUAUUCUGUGGCUUUUUGCAAUCAUGUGCGAAGUGAAGUAGAACAGCACAGAGAUUUACGAUCACAGUUUUUGAAGAUCAAGCCACCAUUGGAGCCUGGAACUGUUUUGUAUGAAGCCGAGCUGUCACAUUUUGCUGAAGAUGUAAGGAAAUGGAAGGAUCGAUACAUUGUGGUUAAAAAUUAUUUUGCCAUAGAGAGCUAUGAGAACAAAGAGGCUUAUCAGAAAGGAGCUGCUCCUAAAAGUCGACUUCUUCCAGCUGGUGGGAAGGUGUUGACCUCAGAAGAGGAGUAUAUUUUGUUAUCUGAUCGACAUUUCCCAGACCCUGUUGCAUCCACUGAGAAGGAGAAUGUCCAGCCCUUUGUGGUGCUGCCGAAGCCAUUCCCAGUGUACCUGUGGCAGCCGUUCCUCAGACAUGGCUACUUCUGCUUCCAGGAGGCCGCUGACCAGAGGAAGUUUAGUGCUCUGCUGAAUGACUGCAUCAGACAUCUAAAUCAUGAUUACACGAAGCAGACGACGUUUGAAGCCCAAGCAUUUUUAGAAGCUGUGCAGUUCUUCCGGCAGGAGAAGGGGCAUUAUGGCUCCUGGGAGAUGACCAAUGGGAAUGAAGUCCAGAUCCUGAGUAACUUGGUGAUGGAGGAACUCCUACCAACCCUCCAGACAGAACUUCUGCCUAAAAUGAAGGGGAAAAAGAAUGACAGAAAGAGAGCCUGGUUUGGGCUUCUAGAGGAGGCUUACAACAUGGUUCAGGCUCAAGUCUCAGAAGGAUUAAGUGCCUUAAAGGAGGAAUGCAGAGGUCUGACCAAAGACCUGGAAGGAACAAUCCGCUCAGACAUGGACCAGAUUGUGAACUCAAAGAACUUCUUAACUGGAAAGAUCAAAGCUUUGGUGACCCAGCCUGUGGAGAGAAGCUGUGCAGAUAGUGUGCAGCCAUUCCUGGCCUCCAUUCUGGAGGAGCUCAUGGGACCCGUGAGCUCAGGAUUCAGUGAAGUCCGCUCACUCUUUGAGAAAGAGGUGGAUGAGCUCAGUCAGAGCUUCCAGACCGCUAGAGACACUGCCCACCUAAAGGAGCGUCUAGACCAGCUGAUGAACCUCCCAUUGGAUUCGGUGAAGAUGGAACCUUGUUACGUUAAAGUCAACCUGCUCCAAGAGCGCCUGCAGGACCUCAAGAGCCGCUUCAGAUUCCCCCAUGUGGACCUGGUGGUCCAGAGGACCCAGAACUGCAUGCAAGAGCUGAUGGAAAAUGCCGUGUUCACAUUUGAGCAGUUGCUGUCCCCACAUCUUCAACGAGAAGCCUCCACAAUCGCAGUUUCCAUUGAGAAAGUUAAACUUCGAGUCUUAAAGCAAUACGAUUAUGACAGCAGUACCAUCCGGAAGAAGAUAUUUCAAGAAGCUCUGGUUCAAAUCACACUUCCCACCGUGCAGAAGGCCCUGGCAUCCACGUGCAAACCAGAACUUCAGAAAUAUGAGCAGUUCAUCUUUUCAGAUCAUACCAAUAUGAUCCAGGUUGAAAAUGUCUAUGAGGAAAUUUUAUAUCAGACUCUCCUGGGUGAAACUCUGAAAGUGAUAAAAGAAGCUGCUGUCCUAAAGAAACACAACUUAUUUGAAGACAACAUGGCUUUGCCCAGUGAAAGCGUGUCCAGCUUAAUUGAUCUAAAGACCCCUGCAGGGUCAAACCAGGCCAGCCCUGCCAGGAGAGCCUCUACUGUUCUGGAGAGUGAAGCCCCAGGGAGUGAAGUGUUCCAGGAGCCAGAGGAAAAGCAGCAGCCAGCGGCCUCUGGUGCACUGGCUGGAGAGGAAGGCACUUCUCUCUCUGUGUCUAGCCUUCUCUCGGGAGGGGAGGAGCAGGUGAUGAUUUCAAGCAUGGAGGGCCCUGGGAAUCUUGUGGCUGCAGAGAACCAGGAAGCAACCUCAGGUAUAGAGUCUACAGAGUUAAAGUUAGGAGGGACUCCAGAGGGAGAAAACGCCACUCCGGAAGAAUCUGAAUCUGUCUCUGCCUCAGACUCUUUGAAGGAGAUCAGAAAAUUGUUGACAGUGACAGUUGAAGAACCAGUAGAAUCUGUGUUAGAAGAGCCAGUAGAGUCACCCCUCAUGAUUGAAAAAGAUACAAACAAGGAGACCCAUUUGCCCCUAAAAGAUGAGAGAGAAGAAGAAAAAAUCCAGAUCCACACAGAAGCUGAUGAGGCCUCCCAUCAUGAUGGCUGUGAAGAAGGUGAAGUCAGUGAAAAGGAAGUCCAGCCUUUUCUCAAAAGGGCCAGUGAGGUAGAGUUGGGGAGUUCUCCAGAGGCAAGCAACCCUGCUCCUCAGUCAGAGUCUGGAGAGUUUGCUGAGGGGGUCAGCUGUGUGGGUCCCCCAGGUGAGCAAGGGGAGGCUGAGAGGUCUGCUGAGGAGGAGCUCACAGGGAGGACCGCCUCACUGCUUGAAGAAGGAGAAGGGUCCCCACGUGCCCUAGAGAGUGAAGCCAAUGCACAAGAAGAUUGUAGUUUAAGUCCUGACCAUGUCUGUCUCAGUGACAGCAAGGCUUCUGGAGAGCAGAGAGUCAUGGAAGAGAAAAGCAGUGCAGGCCAGGCCGAGGCCAGCAUGGGGUCAGAGACCGUUAAGGCUGCCAGUGUUCAUGCAUGCCAGUGGGUGGUUGAAAGUGCUCCCAUCCCCGACAGCGUUGGUGCACAUGGAGGUGAGGUGGAGACAGAAGGUGGUCAGGAGAGUUCCCCAGGGCAGCCUUCAGAGGAGUGA